AUGGCCUCUGCACCGGUUCCCAACCUUGAGAACGAGUCUCCGAGCACGCUCGAGCGUCGCAACAGUCUUGAGAAGCACUUGCAAGCGAGACCGACGGAGCAGGAUUUGAAGGAUCGUCAUAUCCUCCUGGACACUACUGCGGCUCCAGCGCUCCAGGCCAAAGCAGCUGAGCUGGAGAGACAGAGGAUUACGGAUAACCUGAAGAAGGGACUCGAGAAUAGACCUGAGAGGGAAGAGUUAGUGGAGAGAAACGUUCUGCCGGAUUCAAAUGCUGCUCCCGCCAUUCAGGGACAGCAGAAGGAGUUGGAGAAGCAUAUGAAGGCGGAUGCUCUGGAUAAGAAGUUGCAGCACCGGCCGGAGAAGGAGGAGUUGAUCAAGGAGGGAAUAUUGAAAGACCAAGAUGCCGUGCCGGAGCAGUGA